AUGCCUCGUGGUCACAAGAGUAAGCUCCGUGCUCGUGAGAAACGCCGCCAAAACAGAGCUGAGACACAAAGUCUUCAGAGCGCUGAGGCUGCUACAGAAGAUGCAGAGGCCGCCUGCUCCUCCUCCUCAGUUCUGGCAGACGCUCCCUCAAGUGCCACCGGUGCUGGUCCUCUCCAGACACCUUCGAGGGACCCAGCCAGCACCAGUGCUGCUGCAGGUGUUUCAGGCAAAAGAUCUGCUGGAAAAGCCAAAGGCCGAGUUUGGAAAAGUAGAAGUUCCUCCCAGGCCUCACCUUCCCCUGAGAGCUUUGGCCUAGAUAUCCUCACUCAGAAGGCAAGUCACUUGGUAGACUAUCUUCUGACUCAGUAUCAAAUGAAGGAGCCCAUUAGAAAGGCAGACAUGCUGAAGAUAGUCCACAAAUGGUGCAGGAAGGACUUUCCUGAGAUUCUCAAGAUGGCCUCAGACCACAUGGAUCUGGUGUAUGGUCUAGAAUUGAAAGAAGUCAAGCCCAAUGGUAACUUCUACACCCUGGUCCAGAAUGAAGACGCCGCCAGCGAUGAGAGUCUGAGCAGAGCCUGGAGAUUUCCUGUAAAAGGGAUUCUGAUGCCUCUGCUGAGUGUGAUCUUCCUGAAUGGCAACUGCACCUCUGAGGAGGAGAUCUGGAAAUUCCUGGGUAUAAUGGGCAUCUAUGAUGGAAAGUCUCACUUCAUUUUUGGAGAUACCAGGAAGCUUAUCACCCAAGAUUUGGUGCAGGAAGAAUACCUGGUGUACCGGCAGGUGGCCAACAGCGAUCCUCCACGCUACGAGUUCCUCUGGGGUCCAAGAGCCCACGCUGAGACCAGCAAGAUGAAAAUCCUGGAGUUCGUGGCCAAGAUGAAUGAUAACGUCCCCACUGCCUUCCCAGCCUAUUACGAAGAGGCUUUGAAAGAUGAGGAAGAGAGAGCCCGAGCUGCACCCAGUGCUAGCAGUCCUUCCAAGGCCAGUGGUCACCCCAGAGCCACAUCCAGCCACUACCCUCAGCCUGAGUGA